AUGACAGCAAGCCAUAUGGAAGCAUUUCCACGUGCUUCUUCAAUUUCAUCAUUAACAAAUAGUCAACGAGCAAAUUUAGCUAGCAGCUCCGCCAUUGUUACCACUACCUCCAUAGUAGAUAAGACUAAUACAACAGAUCCAAUGUAUGACUAUCAAGCUCAAACAAGUCUCCCACCAAUUCGUGCUCGUCAACAACGUCAAACUGGCGUACAAGUACAACAAUUAUAUGAAAGUAGUCCUGUUAUAGCUGCUCUAUCACAUCAUCCGUCACAACAAUAUAUAUCACAUAAACUACCGUAUGGUGAUUCGACUACACUUGCUAAUGGAAAUUCUACAACAGUGAAUAAUAAUGGAACAAAUGGUUAUCAUAAUCAUUAUAAUCAUCAUCAACAACAUCAUAAUAGUAUACCACAAGUCCCUGCUGCUCAACAACAAACUUCGGAACAAACAAUACAUAAAACUCCAAGUGUUGAUAGCGUGCUAAGCAUGCGUUCAUCAUCUCAACAACGACGUUUAACAAAUGCACUUGAUCCUGAUACUGCAAUGAAAACAUAUAUGUCGAAAUUGACUGCGUAUGAACGACAUGAAAUAUUUUCUUAUCCACAAAUUUAUUUUGUUGGACAAAAUGCACGUAAACGACAAGGAGUUGGUGGCGGUCCUAAUAAUGGUAAUUACGAUGAUGAAAAUGCUUCUUAUAUUGCUGUCCAACAUGAUCACAUCGCCUACCGUUUUGAAGUUUUAAAAAUUCUUGGUAAAGGUUCAUUUGGUCUUGUUGUUAAAUGUUAUGAUCAUAAGACUGGUCAACUCGUUGCAUUAAAAAUAGUUCGAAAUGAAAAACGUUUUCAUCGUCAAGCUCAAGAAGAAAUUCGUAUACUUGAACAUUUACGUAAACAAGAUCGUGAUAAUACAUUUAAUGUAAUUCAUCUUAUUGAAUGGUUUCAAUUUCGUAAUCAUAUCUGUAUUACAUUUGAAUUACUUUCAAUGAAUCUAUACGAGUUAAUCAAAAAGAAUCGGUUUCAAGGUUUUAGUUUGCAACUUGUAAGAAAAUUUGCACAUAGUAUAUUACAAUGUCUUGAUGCAUUAUAUCGAAAUAAGAUUAUACAUUGUGAUCUUAAACCUGAAAAUAUAUUAUUGAAACAACAGGGUAGAAGUGGUAUUAAAGUGAUUGAUUUUGGUUCGAGUUGUUUUGAACAUCAAAGAGUUUAUACGUAUAUUCAAUCGAGAUUUUACAGAGCACCAGAAAUUAUUCUUGGAGCUAAAUAUGGUUUACCAAUUGAUAUGUGGAGUCUUGGAUGUAUAUUAAGUGAAUUAUUUACUGGUAUGCCACUAUUUCCUGGCGAAGAUGAAGGCGAUCAAUUAAGUUGUAUCAUUGAAGUUAUUGGAAUGCCUAGUCAAAAAGUACUUGAUGCUUCAAAACGAGGAAGAAAUUUUAUUAGUUCCAAAGGACAUCCACGAUAUUGUGCAUUGACAACAUUACCUGAUGGAACGACUGUUCUACAAGGCGGUCGUUCAAAGCGUGGAAAACAUCGUGGACCACCGGGUAGUAGAGAAUUAUCACAAGCAUUGAAGAAUUGUGAUGAUCCAUUGUUUAUUGAUUUUCUUAAACGUUGUUUCGAAUGGGAUCCACAAACAAGAAUAACACCAGCACAAGCCUUACGACAUCCUUGGCUUCGUCGACGUUUACCAAAACCUCCAUCUGACGCUCCUCCACCAAAUCGUCCAUCAGCAGUUCUACGUCAUCAUCAGUUACAUACCGUUCAUCAAACAUCAAAUGGCGAUACCAGUACAGCUGGUGGUCGAACAAACAGUAGUAUCGGUGGUGCUAACGGAGCUCAUACAAAUCAUCAUCAACUACAAUCACAUAAUACAAAUACAACAUCAAGAACAUAUCCUUCAACAAGUGAGCUCAAUAAACAUCAAAAAUUGCCACAUAUUGUUGGUGUUCAGCUCAAUUCAAUGUUUGAUCAAUAA